AUGACCAUUCGUUUUUUAUUCAUAACUCUUCUACUGUUAGUGCUAUUCCUAAUACAUUUUACUUAUGUAAGUUAUCUAAGCCUAUUUCAAACACUGGAACUUACUAAAGAAUAUGGUUUUGUAUGGAAGCAAAGAGAAAGCAGUGCAGAAGUGGCAGAUCAAAUAGAUCAUGAAGAAAGCAGAGAAUCAGUUAUAACAGAUUAUGAGAAGGAGCGCCAACAGCUAGAGUUGUUUGCGGAUGUGGAGCGCUGGUGCAGUGCUACGAACUACACAGACCACAAGACGCUUCCGUCUCCAAUUGAGCUAGCCAAACUUCACAAGAAAGAAGACAUCUGGGAAGAACUUGCGAACACUGCACUCAUCAUUACCAAUAAUUUUCCAUGGCAGUCCUCUAUUGGCUUACUGCAACGUAUGUACCAGCCAUAUUUCAAAACAACCGUGUUUUGUGGAACAUUCUACCCGGCAUUAUAUCUUAGGAACGAUGGAUUCCCUGCCAUAUUAACACCAUUCAAUCAUAUUAACCUUACUGAAGAAGAAGUUCAUCAGGGAUUUUUCGUGUAUCUGUGUUUAGUGAAAGCUAGCUACCUAAUGAGAACUGAAGUUGAAGGUAAAUCUGCUGUGGACACUGCUCUAAAUCUAAUCACAGACAAAUAUCGCUCAAGUUCAAGGAUCCAAAAGAUGUGGAAGAGGUACCAAGACGGCCUCAUAUCCAACGGAUUUCUUAAAAGUGCUCAACAACAACUAGUCGAAAUAGAUGGAUGGUGCAUGAGCGAUUUUUUUUACGUGCCUACAUCAGAAAUGCAGUACAUGUGCGAUCUUUUGGUCAUUUUCUACGAAGCAAAAGUAUUUCAUGAAAUCGCUAUAUCGAAAUUUCUGUACACCGUACCUCACAACAGAGCCGAAGGAACGCAAUAUUUGUACCUGUGGGGAAGUGAUAGGGAGAGGUGGGAUGAAUUUUACAGCGAAAAGUUGAUUAUGAUACAUCCGAUCAAACUUAACGGACUGCUCGAUCUGAGGCAGAGAUCAAGAUUCUGCAACACUGUUGUGCGAACCUUCAAGCAAUCUCUUUUUCCUACAAUAAAGCUCACUCCGGCCGCUGACUUAUCAUAUGAAAAUGAUUCACGUAAUUCCAAGGAAGUCGAAGAGAAGUAG